AUGACACUGAAGAUUUCUUCGAAAGUACUCUUCCCGCAGACUUCCAAGAAGGUGAAAAACGUGAAGUUCAAUUAGGUCCAAAAGAAGAUGACUGUGUUUUAGUUUGCAAAGUAUAGGGUAAAUAUUACUGUGUAUCCAAUAAAUGUCCUCAUUUUGGCGCUCCAUUAGGAAAAGGUCCUCUUUUUGAUGACAAAAUAUUUUGUCCUUGGCACAAUGCUGCUUUUCCGUAAAGGAUGGAGCACCAGAAAGUGGUCCUAUCCUAAAUGGGCUCGAAACAUUCCAUAUAGAGGAGAAAAAUGGCCAAUUAAGCAUCAAAGUACCCAAAAGCAAGCUCAAUGUACCCAAAGUACUCCCUAUGGUAACCCGAGAUCCUGA